AUGUCCGUCGCCGAGUUUGGUGAAGUCUUAACGGCUGGUGACCUCGCUGAGGUGGUCAUGAUACGAUCCGAAGAGGAGUUGAACUCCUCGUCCGUCGUGGACGAAGCUGUCCUUGAGGACACGAAGCGGGCGCUUAGAGAAGAUCCAUCGGAUCCGUUCUAUUCUUUGAUUAAGGAAUAUCACGACGUGGUGGCAAAGGCCCCACCGUGGGGUCUGCCUCCGGACCGAGGCGUGCGUCAUGAGAUUGACCUGCAAUGGGACGUCAUUGACGUGUUCUUCCGUGCUAAGCACGAGGCCAGCUUAGUGCGUGAGAGUAAAUCUCUGCACUCGACACCUACGUUCUGUGUCCGAAGCCCUAAUCGCAAGUGGGGCAUCGCGUAUGCUUUCAAUAAGCUGAACACCGCCACUAUUCCGGCGCAAACGCCGAUUCCUCGUAAGGAUGUUCUUUAG